CCGCCGGCGGGGGGCUCGGGCGGCUCGGGCGCUGGGGGCUCGGGCUCGGCUCGGGAAGGCUGGCUCUUCAAGUGGACCAAUUAUAUCAAAGGCUACCAGCGGCGGUGGUUCGUGCUGAGCAACGGGCUCUUGAGCUACUACAGGUCAAAGGCAGAAAUGAGACACACCUGCCGUGGCACCAUCAACCUGGCCACGGCCAACAUCACUGUGGAGGACUCCUGUAACUUCAUCAUUUCCAACGGGGGUGCGCAGACCUACCACCUGAAGGCCAGCUCUGAGGUGGAGCGGCAGCGCUGGGUCACGGCCCUGGAGCUGGCCAAGGCCAAGGCUGUGAAGAUGCUGGCAGAAUCAGACGAGUCUGGAGAUGAGGAGUCUGUCUCACAAACCGACAAGACAGAGCUGCAGAACACCCUCCGGACCCUCUCCAGCAAAGUGGAGGACCUGAGCACCUGCAACGACCUGAUCGCCAAGCACGGCACGGCGCUGCAGCGCUCACUCAGCGAGCUCGAGGCUCUGAGGCUGCCCGCGGAGAGCAACGAGAAGAUCAAGCAGGUCAACGAGCGGGCCACGCUCUUCAGGAUAACUUCCAAUGCCAUGAUCAAUGCCUGCAGAGAUUUCCUUGUGUUAGCUCAGACCCAUAGUAAAAAAUGGCAGAAGUCACUACAGUAUGAAAGAGACCAGCGUAUCCGGCUGGAAGAGACCCUCGAGCAGCUGGCAAAGCAGCACAACCAUCUGGAGAGGGCCUUCCGAGGCGCCACGGUCCUGCCCGCAAACACUCCAGGCAGUGCCAGCUCCGGCAAAGAUCAGUGCUGCUCAGGCAAAGGAGACAUGAGCGACGAGGAUGACGAGAAUGAAUUUUUUGAUGCCCCUGAGAUCAUCACCAUGCCUGAAAAUCUGGGCCACAAACGCACCGGCAGCAACAUCAGUGGAGCCAGCAGCGACAUCAGUCUCGAUGAGCAGUACAAACAUCAGCUGGAAGAGACCAAGAAAGAAAAGAGAACUAGAAUACCAUACAAGCCAAACUACAGUCUCAAUUUAUGGAGCAUAAUGAAGAACUGCAUUGGGAAAGAGCUCUCCAAGAUUCCCAUGCCGGUGAACUUUAAUGAGCCCUUAUCCAUGCUUCAGCGCCUCACUGAAGAUCUGGAAUACCACGAGCUGUUAGACAGGGCUGCAAAGUGUGAGAACUCUCUAGAACAGCUCUGCUAUGUCGCAGCUUUCACGGUGUCCUCCUACUCCACCACUGUCUUCCGUACCAGCAAGCCAUUCAAUCCACUCCUUGGGGAGACUUUCGAGCUGGACCGAUUAGAGGAGAGUGGGUAUCGGUCCCUCUGCGAGCAGGUGAGUCACCAUCCCCCCGCUGCUGCGCACCACGCUGAGUCCAGAAACGGCUGGACGUUGCGUCAGGAGAUCAAAAUCACCAGCAAGUUCCGAGGAAAAUACCUCUCCAUUAUGCCCCUCGGUAGCAUCCACUGUAUUUUCCAUGCCACUGGGCACCACUACACUUGGAAAAAGGUCACUACAACGGUGCAUAACAUUAUCGUGGGCAAGUUGUGGAUAGACCAGUCUGGUGAAAUCGACAUUGUGAAUCACAAGACAGGAGACAAGUGCAAUCUCAAAUUCGUUCCUUACAGCUACUUCUCUAGAGAUGUAGCAAGAAAGGUGACAGGGGAAGUGACAGAUCCGUCAGGAAAAGUUCACUUUGCCCUUCUGGGAACGUGGGAUGAGAAAAUGGAUUGUUUCAAAGUACAGCCAGUCGUUGGGGAGAAUGGGGGUGAUGCCCGCCUGAGAGGCCACGAAGCUGAGGACAGCAGGGUGGUGCUGUGGAAGAGGAACCCUUUGCCGAAGAACGCCGAAAACAUGUACUACUUCUCGGAGCUCGCGCUGACUCUCAACGCCUUGGAAGGCGGCACUGCCCCCACAGACAGCCGGCUGCGGCCUGACCAGAGGCUGAUGGAGAACGGACGCUGGGAUGAAGCCAAUGCCGAGAAGCAGCGCCUGGAGGAAAAGCAGAGACUCUCCAGGAAGAAGAGGGAAGCAGAAGCUAUGAAAGCUACAGAAGACGGCACGCCCUACGACCCCUAUAAGGCCCUGUGGUUUGAGCGGAAGAAGGACCCGGUUACGAAGGAGUUGACUCAUAUUUACAGGGGCGGAUACUGGGAGAGCAAAGAAAAGCAGGACUGGAACUCAUGCCCAGACAUUUUCUGAGGCAGCGGAGACGGCAGGAGGAGGAUCCAAAGGAGAAGCGGACAGAGGAUGUGCGGGGAAGCGGGCCUUGGGCCUCUCACGAGUGCUUUCCUCAAGUUUGUCUGUCUUAACCAAUCAUUUUCCAAAUCAAUCACCAGAAGCAGACACCGAUGGUGGUGAUUGGCUGGUUGCCUUAGCUGAUUGAAACUGAAAUUGAAAUGCUAGAUGCCCGUGUUGUGAGGAGAGCCCAGUGGCUGCCCGGUAGUGCUGCCCCGCCUCUGCCAAGUCCGGUGUUCUUGGCUCUUCCUUCCCGCUGCCCCACUUGCCAUGACGUCACUCCCCUGCCCCUUGUAGCUCCUGCUCAGUCAAGGUCCACGUCAGUGUGCUUCAGGGGCAUUUUGGUGCUGUUCAGAGCGAGAGCUGAUUUGAGAAGCUCCUUUAAAAAGAAACAUGAGAGACUCAGCAGCGGAGGCUUAGUGAGUGGGUGCGGGAGGCCUAGGCCGGGCCUUCCCGGCGUGUUCACCAGUGGGCCCGUCCGUGGGGCGUUCGCACACAGACAGCUGAGGGACUGGGGCCCCCGCGGGAGGAGUGCUCGAAAUAUUCAG